GUAAGCAAACGAAUAACCUCUCUUUUCUUUUCACUCUCUGCCUGCAAGCCUUUCCCAUCGUCGCGCCAUAGCUGUACGUUGCCUUCUCUUCUCUUUUCUCUCUUUUCUCCCGGAUCGUCGCGCUGUCCUUCUACGAUUGGGUUAACAGAAAAUGCAGUCAUUUUGUGGGAAAUUGGGAUUGCUGCAUGCGCAAAGCUCGAGUCUUUCUCCGUUCAAAGCUUCCAGGGCUUUGUUAGUUACUAGUUAUAGUAGCUAUGGCUUUAGUGGUGUGGGUCGUGGAUCCAGCAAUUCAAUCCCCGGUUCUUCAGCUCCAGUCGGGGUCUCUGCAGCCGAACUUACCGCUAAUACAAUGGGUUCUUCGAAGAAUUAUUUGCUGUCUUUGCUAAGAGAAACAAAAACUGACUUCUCAAGAAAAGCAUCAAUGUCAUCCAGCACUUAUAGUGGAAGUCCUAUGUCGUGUUUGUCUAGAAGGGCACCAGUAUUGCCUCCUUUUUCUGGCAGGUGGAUGACAACAAAUAGAGAAGCUGCUCAAGAUUCAUCUGCUUCUGUGACUGAUGUUGCACCUCAAAUUAAAUUUAAAAGGCUUGACAAGACUGCUAGGCACAUAAUGCAGAUAAUAGAUAAGGAAGCAGUGGGGGAAGUGAAGGCUCAAAGAGAGAUACCUGAAAUAAAGCCUGGUUACAUUGUACAACUCAAAGUGGAGGUGCCUCAAAACAAACGGCGUGUUUCACUUGUAAAAGGCAUUGUUAUAGCUAGACGUAAUGCAGGGCUUAAUACUACCAUUAGGAUAAGGAGGCUAGUGGCUGGUGUUGGAGUUGAGUCUCUCUAUCCACUGUACUCACCUAACUUGAAAGAGAUAAAGGUGCUAGACAAGAAGAAAGUAAGGAGGGCGAAGCUUUACUAUCUCGGGGACAAGAUGAAUGCCCUAAAGAAAUAGUAGCGAGCAUCAAAGCCAGUCCGAGAUAAAAUGGUUUCCUUCUGAAAGAUGGUGUUAGAUCUUUCUGUUGACUGAAUCUCCUAAUUAUCUGUUUUUGGUAUUAAUCAGGUUUAAUCUGUUCAUAUUUUUGGACAAUUGGGUCAGUAGCACGCAGCACGUGGCAAACUGCCAAAAGUUUUACAGCCAUCUGUCUUUUUUUUUUUUUUUUCUUUGAACAUGACAAUUACAGCAUAUUAGGGGUAUGGGAAUGGAGGAUACCGGGUUCAAACUUGUGAGUUGGAUUGAUCACUAAACUUAGCCACUUGGCCGGAGCAUGGGAUCCAUAGACAUCUGCUCUUGUUUGCGGAUUUACCUUUUCCCUUAUUAAUUUUUCGUUGUUUUUAUGAGAAGCAUGUUGAAAGAUUGUAUGAGAAGGAUGUUGAAAUUUUCAUUCACGAAAAAAACUUUCGAGUUUCAGAAUAAUUUGUGCAUAGGCUGGCAGCAAAAUAGGUUAUGUUGUGCAGAUGCCAUAUUCUAGUAGUAACGGUUGAGAGUUCAAAUUUUAGAUU